CGCUGAUGCCACGUAAUUGGGUAAACACUCUGCCUAUUGCAAUCUCUUGUGUUUUUGGUUGAGCAAUUUUACCAAACAUCUGACGUGCGGUUGGCACUUCAAUGGAGAAGGCCGACUACAAGCUUCUUCUUCCGUGUCCUUCUGGUCUCUCAUCUUCUCAGGUAUCGGUGGUUUUUGAUCAGUCGUAUGAUAGAAUUCCCCACCCUGAUAUCGAAUUGGAAAACUCCAUCGCUAAGAUUUGGGAUCAAAGAGCAGAGAAGAAUACAACAUUGUACAAUGGGAAAAAGUUUCGGUAUGGAGGUUACAAUGUGUAUAAUGAAGGUGGAUUGGACAAAGUUUCCCAUGUAGGCCUCCUUCUUGGUUUGACAGAUUAUAGGACUUUUGUCGGGACAAACUUAAAUCCGUCGUGGGAAAGGUUCCUUGUUUCAUCACAAGAUGACUCCAUACGGUGUGAACAUAUGUCAAGUCCACUGGGUAAUGGUGCAGUUAUAGAGACAUCUGACAAGAAAAUAGUUGUGUUGCAAAGAAGUGAUCAUGUUGGGGAAUUUCCUGGACACUUCGUUUUCCCUGGAGGCCAUCCGGAGCCCGAAGAAGUUGGAAUAGCCUCUCAUCAGAGCAGUAAAAACUUUACAGACUCUGAGAUGAUUAACAGGAAGGUUUCUCAGGAGAUGUUUGAUAGUAUUAUUCGGGAAGUAGUUGAAGAAAUUGGAGUACCUGCAACAUCGCUAUGUGAUCCGCUUUUUAUUGGUAUAUCCUGCCGGGUAUUGAAUGCUAGACCAGCUAUCUUUUUCUUCAUCAGAUGCUGUCUUCUGUCAGAAGAAAUUCAACAACUAUAUCGCAAUGCUCAAGAUGGCUAUGAAUCAACCCAACUAUACACAGUUUCAUUGAUUGAUUUAGAAAACAUAGCAUCCAAAAUGCCUGGCUGCCAUCAAGGUGGAUUUGCUCUCUAUAAGAUGAUGGUAGAAGCUGUGAAGAAUUCCUGAUUAUUCAUCCACUGCUGUGCAAUUGAAGCUGUUUAGGCCUUAGCAUCUCAUUAGUCCUCGACGAGAUGAUUAUGGUUAUGAUUAUGACUCGAUUAAACAUGUUAUUUAUUUUGCCAUUAACUUAACAUGAAGGCAUGUGAGUUUAGUCUUUCUUUAGAUGCAGAUACAUGGUUAUGUAAACGUAUCGAUUUCAUGCUGCAAAAUGGGUUCAAUCCAGGUCUAAUCCACUGCUUUUUUCGAGUGAGAUGUUAAAUUGUAUGACUUGCACCAACAACAUUAGAAAACAUAUAUGAAUAAUAAUUAGACCAUUUUACCUAGUAA